ACUGCACAGAUUUCCCUCCUGUGUCUCAGUCCCAUUUCUUCCACUUCUCAUUUCUUUCUGUCUCAUCAGUCUCCCCCUUAUUUUUUUUCCUUUGCAAGGCAUUGAUUAAUCUCUUCUUCUUUUUUUUCCUCAAUCAUGUCGUCUCUUUUGAGGGAGGAGAUGCAGAGAGUCGUAUUCCAUCCUGCAAAGCAGACACUAGUGGAGUUCAUUGAGAUUGAAGAGCCGGCGCGUGGAAGGCAUUUCCUCUGUGUGUCAGUUGGACAAGGAAAAGUGGUGCAGCUGUGCGUCGUGCAGUGCCAGGAGUCCAAGACGUCCCUGAAGUCGUCCAAGUCCAAGCGGGCCCAGACCAAACGCUCCAGCUUACACGGGAGCUACAGGAGGACGGAGGUCUGGUCUCUGCAGGACCUGGCUCUGGUGGACGGACGAGACCCUGACGUGGACGACCCCUGUUUCCUGCUGCACUUCGACAAGGUGCGCCCAGUGACGGCGGUCACCUGCUCGGCCAAAUACACCAUAGUGCGUUCUCUGUCCGCGCUCAGUGACCGGCACUGCCAGAGGCCCCUGAAUCUGCGUAACUUUGACUGUGCUUACAUCAAACCCACCUCCUUUUACUCCAACAGAGGAGACUGCGUCGUUCUGUCACAGAUAUGCUUCUACGCCUGCAACUUGGUUUGCCUGUCCAUGUGUCCGGUACCCCUGGACCCGUAACAGCAUCACUGCCACGUGUGUUUCACUUAGAUGUCUGCGUGUUUCUGGUGUAUGUCUGUGUUUAGAAAUCUGUAACUAAUGUACCUGAAACUAUAUCGGGACAGUUGAAUGUGUGUAUUUGCCAGAUUAUAAGCUUGUGGCUUGAGGAGAGCGGUAAUAUAGUAUUCACCAUAAAUAAGUUCUGUGUUAAUAUUCUGCUUAUUGUAUCUUAAAGGCAAACACCAGUUUUAAAACACUUGGUAUUUCCUAAACUGUGCACCCUACUUUUGUGAUACGUUAAUUUCCAAGAGAGAUUCUAUUUUAUUUCCAUUUAAAAUAAAUGCAAGAAAAUAAAU